AUGGAGAUCAAAAUGGCAUCAAUGGAUAAGCCGUUCAUUCCAGAUUUUUACAGGGAAAAAGACAUUUUUGUUACCGGAGCGACUGGAUUCAUGGGAAAAGUGCUUCUGGAGAAGUUGUUGAGAUCAUGCAACGGACUCCGCCGUAUCUUCGUCCUCAUGAGAGCCAAGGGAGGUGCAUCUUCGCAAGCUCGGCUGGACGAGCUUUUAGACGCUGAGAUCUUCGACGCCCUUCGAGCUUCCGAUCCCCACUUCGCGCAAGGCAAAGUUAUCGCCGUCGAAGGAGACCUGACUCUCUCCGAGCUCGGUCUGAGCACCGAGCACAAGAGAGCACUCUGGGAAAACGUGGACAUCGUGUUUCAUUCGGCAGCCAUCGUCAAGUUCGACGAGCCCCUCAAGAGUUCCAUUGAUAUGAAUGUUCUUGGAACCAGAAGACUCCUCCAACUCUGUCAAGGCAUGGUCAAGCUGAAGGCGUUCGUUCACGUGUCGACGGCGUACUGCAACUGCGACAAGGAAGACGUGGCGGAGAUCAUCUAUCCGCCACCGUUCGAUCCACAAAGCGUCAUCGAUGCGCUCAGUUGGAUGGACGACGCCCUGGUGGAAGCGAUCACGCCCAAGUUGCUGGGCAGCCGGCCCAACAUGUACACCUUCACCAAGGCGCUGGCCGAGAGUCUGGUGGCCGAGGAACGUGGAACGCUGCCCGUGGCCAUUGUUCGACCCUCCAUCGUCACCGCGGCCUGGAGGGAGCCCAUUCCCGGCUGGAUUGACAACAUCAAUGGUCCUACGGGACUCCUUGUGGCUUCAGGAAAAGGACUACUACGUUCCAUGCUGGCUGACACCAACAAAGCGGCGGACUUUGUUCCAGUGGACGUUGUGAUAAAUACCAUGAUCAUCGUAGCCUGGUACACGGCCACGCAAAGACCAGAGAAGACGGGCGUGUACCACUGCGCCUCGGGCACCCUGCGCAAACUAACGUGGGGCGACAUCGAGACCAUCGCGUACCCGCUGCUUCUCUGGCAUCCGAUGCCCAACCCCGUCCGCUACCCUGGCGGCAGCUUCAAGAAGAGCCGCUUCUUCAACGCCCUGUCCAUGUUCGUGGAGCACCGAUGCCCCGCCCAGCUGUACGACUGCUACCUCUGGUUGUCCGGCAGAAAGCCCAAGAUGGUCAAGCUCUUCACCAAACUCUACAAGGUCAUGGUGUCCUUGGAGUAUUUCACCACUCACGAGUGGAGAUUCAACUGCACAAACCUUCUUGCUCUUCUCCAAGAAAUCUCUCCCGCAGAUCGAAAGAUGUUCUGCAUCGACCUCCGGCUGUUGAACUGGGGACACUACUUCAAGGACUAUGUCAUUGGUACCCGCAAGUUUGUCCUUAAGGAAGACCCCUCAACGGUUUCGGAAGGCAGGAACAAGCUGCGAAGGCUGUACAUCUACCAGCAGCUCCUUUACGUGGGCCUGGUGGCGUUCGUCUGGAGACUCAUCAUGUACAAGUCCAAGUCCGCCUGCAGACUCUGGCGCGCCGUCGUAUCUCUGUUCCUGCCACUGCUAAGCCUCGUCUCUUCCGUACUCGGCCUGCCUUGUUCAGAAGACAUCCUCAAGCAGUAGUGACACUGCCUUCCCUCGUGUUCCUGAACACUUCCAGCCAGAAACACACUUGCCACGCACCUGUAGAAUGACUUUUCUUUUUGUGAUGUGGAUCUCUGAAAAGCGACGACAGCUGGGUCUGCGGACACGGAUGCGCCAAAGGGGGUCCAAGCUUCUCCAGACGUUGCUAUUGAGCUUAUAGUUUGGACCACGUGGAGUGAGGCAUUAAUUAUCGAAUGCUUUGUUUCUUACUUAUGGUCGCUUAGGUAUAAAACAAGAAAGAAACCAAAACGCCUAUAGUUUAAUUGCACGUCGUAAGCGCUCGUCAAGGGACCACUGUUAACGAGAAAUAGAGUUCCGGUUUGAUUUUUGUUUUGUGAGCAGCGUUUCAUACCUUUCGCAAAUGCCCCCGUUGCGGUCGUAAUCACCGAAGAGAUUCACUGCAACUGAUAAUUCAUGGUCUUGCUCUAUCAUUUCCAAACUCUAAGUGAAGCGUAAAAAAAAAUAAAACCAACGCAAAAAAAACAAAAAAA